AUGGCCAGCGGGAAAUAUCCCAAAACGGAGAGAACGGCCGGUGUUUCGAAACCACGCUCUGUUCGGCCAACAAUCCUGGAUUCAACUGAAAAAGUCCCUCCUUUGACUCAAAAAAGAGUCAAUCCGACGAGUCUUCAAUACCGAACACCAUCGGAAGUGGAGAUGUAUGUGGCGACCGAUCUUGAUGAAGAAAAAGUUAUAAAGCGUCUUCGAUGGGCCCGUCGUUAUGAACACUUUACACCGGAGGACUGGGCCCGAGUCUUUUGGUCCGACGAAUGUACAGUUGAACGUGGGAUUGGCGUUCGUCAAGAAUGGACUUUUAUUCGACGAAAGGACCAAUGCCGACUUCACCAAGUUCAAGGUCUUCCAUAUAAAGGGAGACAAGUCAAGCAAAUGUUUUGGGCUGCAUUCUCCGGCGCCCAACGACGAUCCGGCUUGAUUCUACUAUUGGGAGGCCCAGAACCUGAACGUGGAGGCGUAAAUCGUUUCGUUAUUCGGGAUUUAUAUACCCGAAAUCUCCCUAUUCUUCUUGCCAAUGAGGGUAGCAUUUUUCAACAUGAUAAUGCCCCAACGCAUACUGCGUACGUUGUUCGGGACGCUUUACGCGAGAUGGGUAUUGAGGUUAUGGCCGAAAUCUAUAAGAUUCGACCUGAUCUAUUAGAUACGAGAAACAACGAUGAAACAAAGGCAAUAUUUGCGGAAACGGCCCAAAUAGCAUGGGGGAGGCUAGAUCUGGACCAUUUGAAACAUCUAUCUGAUACUAUGCCCCGUCGUGUAAAGGCUAUUAUUGAAAGUGAGGGCUGGUAUACAUCGUACUAG